UGUAAUAAUUGGUGCAAGACAGAGGAUUCCACACUCCUCUUGACAAAAAUCUAUCAGCGAAACAAACCCUCGCUCCUCUUCUUCUUCUUCUUCUUCUUCCUGCCCGCCCUAGUUAGAUCCAUGGCGGAUGAUCCUGGCAGCAGCAGCAGCGGCAGCAGCAACGGCGAGAAUUCCUUAAUAACCGACAUGUCACAUGACCACCUCUUCUCCAUUCUUCUGCUCCUCCCCCUUGAAUCCAUCCUGUCUUUUGCCAUGACUUGCAAGAAGACCUUGCUUCUGACUCGCUCCCAGACCCUCUGGAAGUCCAUCUGCGCCAGGGACUGGGGCCACUCAACCCUGGAUGCCUGUUCUCCCUCUCUAGACUGGAUCCAACUCUACCGCCGCCUCCGCAACCUGGAUCGAGUCUCCUGCUUCAACCUCGAUGCCUCCGACGCCCCUACCCCCAGGGCCUCUCAUUCUCUCAACUUCUUCAAAGGAUGCCUCCUCCUCUUCGGUGGCGGAUGCGACGGAGGACGUCAUCUUGAUGACACUUGGAUAGCAUACCUAGGGAAGAGAGUGGUCAACUGGCAAAGAGUCGCUGCAUCAGCCGGCCCAAGUGGCCGCUUUGGCCAUUCAUGUGUUGUCAUAGGCAAUUCUCUUGUUCUCUUUGGAGGUAUCAAUGACAGUGGGAUCCGUCAGAAUGAUACAUGGAUUGCCCAAGAGAGCAACACUACACUCUCAUGGAGACUGCUUGAUGUGGGCCCUCUUGCACCUCCCGCUCGCGGAGCUCAUGCUUGUUCUUCAAUUGAUAACCGAAGGAUGCUUAUCCAUGGAGGUAUUGGCUUAUCAGGGACCAGAUUAGGAGACACAUGGGUCUUAUAUCUAUCUGAGAACCUUUGCUUUGGCACAUGGCAUGAAACCCUAAGUCAUCCUGUUCCCUCGCCUAGGUCCGGGCACACGCUCACUUCUAUUGGAGGAAGCAGGACGGUUCUAUUUGGAGGAAGAGGAAUGGGUUAUGAGGUGCUUAAUGAUGUGUGGUAUUUUGAUUCAUCAGAAGGACGUUUGGGAUGGGUACCCGUAUUGUUUGAGCCAAGGAAUGUACCUGGUGGGAUUUCCCUCGCUAGGGUUGGACACUCGGCCACCUUAAUUUCAGGAGGGAGAGUGCUUAUUUAUGGAGGAGAAGAUUCAUACAGGCACAGGAAGGAUGACUUUUGGUUGUUAGACAUCACUCGGAGGAGGGUGUGGAGAAGAGUUAAAUGCGAGGGGUAUCAGCCCAGGAGCAGGUCAUUCCAUCGAGCUUCUGCAGAUGAAUCUGGAUGUUAUUUAUAUGUCUUCGGUGGAAUGGUGGAUGGGACCCUGCAGCCUGCUGAACCCACUGGGCUGAGGUUUGAUGGAGAACUUUUCGUUGUAGAGCUUCUAGUGUAGCCUGAUUAUGUGAAUAUAUGUAAAGAAAGGUAUUUCAUGCAUUAAGGUGUUUGGCUACGAAAGUAGCUGGAACAUACAUUAGGAAGAUGUUAGCUGUUGAUGGAUGGUGCGGUCAUUGCCUGUGUUUGUAUGUAUGAAAAUGUUAUGUUAGUCCUUUCAGUAACGAGAUUAGGGCUUAGUAUUUUUCA